AUGACAGAGACAAGCGCCAGUUUCAAGGAGCUGAAGAAGCGGAAAUGCGUCCUGCAGCGGGAGCUGCGUCGACGCCAGGGGUUUCCGCGCCAUCGAAAGCGGUUCGACCACGACGAGGACGAGGAGCUAUUCCAAGAUUUUGUAGCAGCCGAGUGCGAGAAGAGGGAGCAGGAAUGCAGGGACAUUCAGCGCGAGUGUGACGAGAUUUACCAGCGGAAACUCCGUCAGCUGGCCCGCGAACGUGAUGAGCUAUACGAGCGGGAGCGCCAGAAAAUCGAUGUCCGCUACGAGGAGCUCUUCGACCGUGAGUACAAGCGGAUCGAGCGACAAAUUGACCAGCGAUCGCUGCAACAGCCUAUCAGGGAGAGGGAACCGACCAGAGAGAGAGACCGACUGCCGCAGAACCUCGCCCAGUACCUCAAGACCUGCCAUGCGCUGCAUAUGCGGUUCCAGAAGACACCCAGCCGGUCCCUCAUCACACAGAAGGAAGCGCUCAGCUGGGCGUUUCCGCGGCGAAUCAUUCCCUGGGACGGCUUUGCCAAGCUGCAAGAAAGCGUAUGGAGCCAGCUGCCGUCCGAGACGGAAUUCUGCACGGAGCAGCAAUUUCCUUCCAUUGAGCAGCUGGACAGCGUCAGGCGGACACUGACGCCGGUAAACAGCGAGGCGUCGCUGCAGCAUUUUGGACGCUACGCCAUCGAGAACGUGGUCCAGGAGUUGAUGGACAAGCUGUACGAGGACGGCCUGCUAUGGAACGGCCUCGGGCUCAGCGACGACGUGAAGGUGACGAUUGAGACGGACAAGGACCUCGGCCAGGUGUACGAGCCCAUGCUGGAGUCGUCGUGGCACAAGGACGCGGGCGAGCUGAAGCUGUCGAUGCGCAACUCUCACCGCAGGGCGAAGAGGGCCGGCAUCUGGGUCAACCGAUCGUGCGUAUAUCGUCACAGGGAGGAUCACGGAACGAAGACACCCAUAUUCGCCAUUGUGCAUCAGCUGCCGCACAGACUACAACUCGACGAGAUCAAGUGCGGUUUGGCCUCCGAGAUCCGACCCGAGCGAGACGUGAUUGACAAGGAGGGCGACGACUACACUUUUGCAUCGAGGACGCUGGUGGCGGCCACCGUCACGCAGCUCUAUUCGUACAUGAUCAGCAGAGACAUACAGUACGGGUGCGUCUGCACGGGCGAGGCGUUUAUCUUCUGCCGCAUCUCCGAGGACGAUCCUUGUACGAUAUACUGCACGCCGUGCGUGCCGGAGCGCGAGGUUCUCAACGACGACCCUACACGGCUUCAGCGGACGGCGGGUGCCCUCGUGUUUGGGCUGGUGCUGCAGGCUCUCCGCGCGAGGCCGCUUCCCGAGUCGUGGUGCGAGUCUAUCACGUAUAUGGACACCUGGACGAUGGGAUACGAUGACGUGUUGGAUAGAAUACGCAAGACGUGUACUUCAAGGCCACAGUCGCCGUCGUCAUUCAAGGUCUACCGCUGGCAAGGAUUCAAGCAAUCGCCCUUAUACAUUGAGAUGAAGACGACAGAGCCCAAGGAGAGCGAAAAGAUCCGGAGCUGGCUCGAUGAUGUACCAGGCCGAGACGGAGUCAUUCUCGAACUCGACCGAUGCCUCAGUGGUCCUCGACCCCCGUUGAUGGACCAGCCGUACUGCUCCCAGAGCUGCCUCCUCGGUCUGGUACAGGGGACAGCCCCCGAUCUUCACUGCCCCAACGCCGAGUUUCACGGACCGGCUCACCUCGACUACAGCGACUUCAUGCGCCUCCUCCUGAGACAGCUCGACAGCAGAGAAGGACAGGAUCCCGACUGCGUCCAGUUGCGGAUUGGCAACACCUUCCGAUCGCCCCUCAAGGUGAGGCUGACGUCGCAUGGCUACACGUUUAUCGCAAAGGGCGGCAAGAGCUCCGCUAGUAUGUGGAUGGAAAAGUCCGUCUACGACCAUAUGGUAGGGCUGCAGGGUGACUGCGUGCCCGUUUGUCUUGGCCUGCUUGAUAUGGGACGGCCGUGGCGGUACAGCGAAAAUCCUUGGAAGGAAUUGCUGCUUCUGAGCUGGGGCGGACGGCCGUUUCUGAGCUGCUACCGGCAAGUUGACAAGGAAAUGAUUGCCAAGAUGGCGGACAAUGCGUUGAACGCGAUCCACAAGCUGGGCGUCGUGUACAACGGAGGGCUGUCGGCGAGCAAUUUCCUGUUUGACCGGUCGCGGGAGAGCGUGAUGCUGGUCGACUUUGAGGAGGCAUCGCUGGACUUUUGCAAGACGCCGGCGGUGAUGGGGGACUGGCAGACGAGGAAGCGGAAGCGGUAUCUGUGGCAGGAGGAGGUGCGGCACCAGUUCAUGAUGGACUCGAGCGUGGCGAUGGCGACGAUUCGGAGUGCGCAGCGGCAGAGCGGCGGGCGGUUUGGGGAUGAUGAGAGUGACGUUGACGAUUCGGUAUGA